CCCCAUUCACACUGUUUUUAAAGAGAGAAUCUUGACCUUGCUUAGGAGUUAGUAAGUUAGUAAGUCUUGAGGGGUAGAAUAAAGCUCACCUAGACUUGAUUUCUGGGUCUCUCACUUACUGCAUCAUUCAGCAAGUUACCGGUAUAAUUUUAUACAUACUUGUGUCAUCCAUAAAUUAGAGGACAAUAAAAUAAUGGCUGUGAACUUUUAAACCUAAAAUUUGGUACAUAACAAACACUCAAUAGGCUUUAAAAACUACUUUUCUUAAUUGUUGGUAGACAGGAAGGUGCUGGUUAUUGUAAGUACAGAUGGAAAGCUGGAGCUGUGAUUGGUUGAGUAGCUUGCUUAAGAAAUAAAAUGUGUGUGGAACACGAGGAUGGUUUUGCUUUCUUCAAACCACCAGUCUGGCCCUGGAAUUCUAUUGUUUCCACAAGUUGCAUCAUUAAAUGCCUUCACACAUCCCAUUCAGAAGUCUCUAGCAACUUUUGUUUCUGCCUUGGAAUUUUUCUGAAGGAGUUGUCAGUUUCCUAAAGUCUCUUGAACUACUCUGUAAUUGAUUAUGUUAAAAAGCUCACAGAAAGUGGAUAGGAAUGGUAUUAUUAAUUCAUACAAGAGUCAACUCAUGAAUAUCCGCAUUCACAAAUUAUGGGGGAGGGGGGAGGGGAGGAGAAAAAGAAGACCGCCCUUGGGUGACAGUGAGUGGGAGGAGACUUUUAAAAGAGUCUUGGGCCCAGGGCCGUUUCAGAAGUAAGGGUUUAUUUUUGUCAACCUUGACUUCUCUUUGGAUAUGGAGAAAGCAAAAGGCAAAAAGGUAAGUACAAUUUUACUGGGUUUGUUUCUAUCUGUCUUUGAGAGUCUCCUCAUAUAUUUCUCUCUCCUGCUGAGCAUAUUUGAUCCGAAUUAUGAGGAGAAAAGAAUGUGCCUUAGAAUGUUCUCCUCUUGUUAAAAAACGAAAAAACACAGUAAAGUUCUAAAUGAUGAUCGCAGCCUGGUAUAUUGGGGAGAGGAGACAGUAAGAAAUGGGGUUUCCUGUUUGGGUUUGAAAAGGUGCUUUAUCCUGUCCGAAAGAAGAAUUAAGUAGCAGGGCUGGAGGGAAGUGGUAGCAGGAGGAAAGGGGAGGUGAGGGGAAAACUUUAGGAAGAGGUCACUGAGCUGAGGUUGGGAGAGAACUAGAUCGUUUAAUUUGCCUUCAACAGACAUCAGUCUCCAACCAAAAGUGCUGGGUCUGAAGUUGUCUUUUCCCAGGGUCACUGGGGCUAGCAGAUAAUCAGAAGCCAGAUAUAUUGACAAGCCCCGCAGACGGAAAUUAGAGGUAGAGAGGUUUAAGACUUCCAGAAGCAUCGAACUUGCGUGCCAGGGGAACCUGAGCACUCUCUAGAGUCUCUUUCUUUGGAACCAUCAUUUUUGCCCUUGCCAUUUUGAGAGGUUUGCGAGGCCCCAAAGUUUGUGUAAGGCUGUGCCAAAGUGAAAUUUGAAUAAGAAUGUGUAGUUGCUAUACAGAUGUAAAAUAGCAUACAAAUGUUAAUUUGUCCUGUACUCCCUCCUUGGGGAUGCUGGAAAAGAUUGAGAUUUAGGAGCUAAUCCAGGCUUUCUUGUCUAUGUGAAGUGCCUUCCUGCAUGUCCUAAACUACGCGGCCUCUAAGCCUCAACUUCUGUGUCCAAAAAACAAAGUAAUAAAUUGUCACCAGCUUGUUGUGAGGAGUAAAUGAAGAUAAGAAACAUGUCAACAACCCUACGUAAGGUAGAGGCUCAACGAAUGUUAGUUUCUCUCUCAAAUCACUAAUAUUCCUACUGUUGUUUCUUUUGGUUCAAUUAACCAAUAUUUAUUGAGUGCCUAUGAUGAAAGGGAAAGAAAUUCUACCCUUAUAGAGCUUAUAAUCAGAUGGAGUAACAAGCAUGGACCAGAUCACACAAGCAAGCGUAAAACUGCAACUGGUAAGUGGGAGGAAUGAGGCAAUAUGUAGGAGAUUUGACUUGGUCUGAAAGGUUAGAAAGGGUUUCCAGAGGAAUACUCGAAGUGAGAUUCUGAAAGUGAGAAAGAUUUAAGAAUGUGAUUAGAAGACGGGUGGAGGGGCUCCUGGGUGCCUCAGUCGUUGAGCCUCAGACUUCGGUGCAGGUGAUGAUCUUGUGGUUCAGGAGUUCAAGCCCCUGUCUGUCUCCGUGCUGACAGCUCAGAGCCUGGAGUCUGCUUUGUAUUCUGUGUCUCCCUGUCUCUCUGCACCUCCCCUGCUCACACUUUGUCUCUCUCUCUUUCUCUCUCUCUCUCUCAAAAAUAAAUAAAACUUUAAAAAAAAAAAAAAAGACUGAGGUGGAGUGAGUGAUAACCCAUCAGGCCAACAGAAACAGACUGGAAAGGAAUUCUCUGGCCCUUGGGGCAAUGGAGAGGCUGAUAUGCUGAAUUAAAGACAUUUGUAUAUCUUCAGGCUAAACACAGAAACCACUGAAUGAGUAUAUAGAAUCCUUCUGGCAAUAGUAGGGGAAACUUUCUUCGGAAGAGGCUGAGAAUAGAGGAAUGGGGGAAGAAUAUCUUCAGGUGAGAGAUAAUGGAUAGGGUGGGCAAUACAAGGGCUACUACCCCCACCCCCAGUAAAAAGCCUAGCUUCUUCUACUUUUGUUUGUAUCUGUAUUUUCUGUCUUUUCUUAUAUUUUCAAAUUAGCCCCCCCCGUUUCCCCAUCAUUGCUUCCCCAUCUUAUAAGUAAACCUGGAUAUUAAGAAGAUUUGCCACAGGAGAAUCCAUACUGCCAGUGGUGUGCAAUGAAUGCCUUGGUGCCAUGGAUGUGAGCAAUCUCAAGGCAGGUAGUGUAUGUGGUGGGUCGGGCACCCGAGGGAAAACUGACUGGCUCCCCUCUCAGCAGAAUUCCACAAAGAAGUCAGGGGAAGACUAUUUCGCUUGCAAAUCCCAACCUGUAUCAAGAGAAGCCACAGAGAAACAGCAAGCUUCUGGUGAACCAAAGUUACCAAGACCCUCAGUGAACGGGACCAAACAAAAAAGAUCUAUGAAAGAAGACAAAGAAAAGACAGCACAAGACAAUGCAAGAGUAAGAAUUCGGAAGAAAAUCCCUAUUCCUCCAUUACCUUCCACGCUGCCACCAGUCAACUUGCUUCAUAGAGACGUGGUGCGGGCCUGGUGCCAACAACUGAAGCUGAGCACCAAAGGCCAGAAAUUAGAUGCAUAUAGGCGGCUGUGUGAAUUUGCUUACCCGAAUCAAAUGAAGAACAUUCCCCUCACUGCAAAGGAGGCCAAGAUUCUCACACCAUCACAAAAAAGGUCAAAGAUGGACAAGGGAGAAAUGUUUCUGGAAAAUUCUAAGAAAAAGAGCUCUUCUCAUGGAACCCACCCUCCUGAAGUGGCUGCUCCCCCUGAGGGUGGGAUGCAGGCCCUCGUUGGGUCUGAUCCUCUUCCGGAAGGAGUCGAAACGGUGGUUGUGACAACUUCAGCCCCGGAUGCUGUGUUUGCCUCCUGGUCCAGAAUUGCAUCCACGGCUGGGAAGAUGGAGACAGUGGAAUCAACACAAGAUGCCUAUGGUGUCCGGUGGUGUGUGGUCCAUGGGAAAAGUCUGCCUGCAGACACAGAGGGUUGGGUUCGCCUACAGUUUCAUGCAGGGCAAGCCUGGGUGCCUGAAAAACAGGGGAGAGUGUGUGCCCUCUUUCUGCUACCUGCCUGUAAUUUUCCACCCCCACACCUGGAAGACAAUAUGCUGUGCCCCAAAUGUGUUCGGAGGAAUAAGGUGUUAAUGAAAAGCCUCCAAUGAGAUCACGAUACCAGAAAAAGGGGUACAACUGUGAUUAUAAUUGAUGGUAGGAAGGAAACUACCAUCAACUCAGUGGUGCCACUGACAGCUGGACUGGAAACCACUCCACCCUCCACGCUUCCUGCUGACAGGACACACAGCCUGGUGGGUUGCAGAUGUUACCCUCGGACACCAAACAGGGCCUGCCUUCCCAUUGGUUUAAAGUACUUAACAGUUUGAAGUCAAGAGACUGAGAAGGUUAGCAGCCUCUAGAGGAGUCAGAGUCCGGAGAAUGGAAAUCCAGCACUGGAAACACACCUGUUCUCCACUCCACCCCUCCACCCCUCCACGAGGCUCAGCUCAGUCUCCCACCUUAAAAGAACUGUUAAGGUCACUUCUAUUUCAGAAGGGUAAGUAAACAUUUGGUAGUGUGAUUGACUUUUUCAUCUUAUUAAUAAGAAGGAACUUGGGGUAUGAUCUUGAUGUUUGGAGGAGCCAGGGGGAAAGAAAAUUUCCAAAAUUUCCAAUUCCAAACAGAAGUAGCAGAUCUGCCUGCCCAUAAGUGCACAAGCAUUGUGUGUGCAAGGUAUGAGGUCCAGUGGAAAUGAUGAUAGGAGAAAUCCGGAGUCAGGCCUCCAAAUUUCUCUUAGCUCCAAAGGGAUAUGGACACAUAAAACUCCCAAGAGCUGGUGUUGGAGUAACUGAGCUUCGAAGUUAGAGGUUCCGCCAAGAUGUUGCUGGCUGAGGCAAAUGGAUCUGCAUGAAGGAAGUCUAUGAACUCCCUGCCAGGAAGCAAAAUUGGAAGUGGCUACAUCUCCGAGGAUCCCAGCCCUAAGGAGAAGAUGGGGAAAAUUUUAAAAUACUAAUUCACUGAAUUGGAAUUAAUGUACCUGAUCAAGUGCCUCAAAACGUAGAUUUUG